AUGCAGUUCCCAAAGAUCAUGGAAAUGACAAUCGGAGAGGGCGACGGGAAGAGGGGCAAAACGGAAGAGGGAUACCGUUUCCUUUCCAAGGGUCUCGCCCAGACCUCGAGAGAGCAGGAUGUCGCUCUCUGUGAUGUCGUCAUCGACGUCCAAGACGAGUCCUUCCAUGGAAGCCGCUUCGUGCUCGCAUCCGUAUCCCCAGUCUUGAAGCGCAUGUUCCUCGCACAAAUGAAGGAGUCCCAAAAUCGGAUCGUCGAGGUGAAAGGCGUCUCCAAGAAAGGAUUCCAGGUGAUCUGGGAUUUCAUCUAUGAGGACAAAUACGGAACGGAGGAGGAAGACGUCGCCCUGGCCGUCCUCAAGGAUUCACACUUUCUUCAGAUCGACUUCCUCUAUCACGAAUACGCAGAGAAAUUGAAGGGGAUGCUGAGACUCGAGAAC